GGAGCAGCCACGGGGCGGUGGGUCUCAGGUUGCCGGGAGCCGCGAGCUGCGCCCCGCGGAAAGGGCGCGGACGGAUGUCAGCGAGGCGGGGCCGGCGCGAGAGCUGGGCGGGGCCGGGCUCUAAAAUCCCGGCAGCCCCGAUGUCCCGCCAGUAGAGCGGGAUGGAGGGAAGCAGCGGCUGCAAGAUCGAGCGGGACGCGGGGCAGAGGCCGUCCGCCUUCGACCUGCCCAAGGUAGAACUUCAUGUCCACCUGGAUGGAGCCAUUAAGCCAGAAACAAUCUUAUACUUUGGCAAGAAAAGAGGAAUUCCGCUUCCUGGUGACACUGUUGAAGACCUCUUGCAGCAUAUCAGUUACACGGAGCCACUCACUCUCACCCAGUUUCUAGAAAAGUUUUCUUUCUACAUGCCUGCCAUUGCGGGGGACCGUGAUGCUGUGAGAAGAAUAGCCUAUGAGUUUGUAGAAAUGAAAGCAAAAGAAGGUGUCAUCUAUGUUGAGGUCAGGUACAGCCCUCACCUCCUAGCCAACUGCAAAGUUCAUCCUCUUCCAUGGGACCAAGAAGAGGGCGACCUCACUCCGGAUGAAGUGGUUCACCUCGUUAAUCAGGGAUUACAGGAUGGAGAAAGGGAUUUCAACAUCAAAGCCAGGUCUAUUCUAUGCUGCAUGCGCCAUAUGCCAAGCUGGUCGUUGGAGGUGGUGGAGCUGUGUAAGAAAUACCAGAACAAUACGGUGGUAGCCAUAGACCUGGCUGGGGAUGAGUUGUUGCUGGCUGAGACCUUCCCAGAGCACAGGAAGGCUUAUGAGGAAGCUGAAAGAUGUGGCAUUCAUCGUACCGUCCAUGCUGGGGAGGUUGGGUCACCCUCUGUCAUCAAGGAGGCGAUCAAUGUUCUGAAGACCGAACGGAUCGGCCACAGCUACCAUGUCCUGGAAGACCCAGCCCUUUAUAGGGAGCUGUUGAGUAGGAAGAUGCAUUUUGAGACCUGUCCUUGGUCCAGUAUCCUCACUGGAGCAUGUGAUCCAGACUUUAGGAAACACCCAGUAAUUCAGUUUAUGAAUGAUAAAGCCAAUUACUCCCUGAACUCUGAUGACCCGCUCAUUUUUAAUUCUUCAAUUGAGACUGAUUACAAAAUAGCUAAGCAGUUCCUGGACUUCACGGAAGAGGAGUUCAAGAGAGUGAACAUCAAUGCAGCUCAGUCCAGCUUCCUGCCUAAGAAAGAAAAGAAGGAGCUUCUCAGUAAGCUGUAUGAAGCCUACGGGAUGGUCCCGAACAACCCAUCCUAAUCCUGCUUCUACCAGCCGGCAAGGUGCAUUCACCUCUCCCCACGUGUGCUCCACUCCUCUUUGUUUUAGUGGGAGCCUAGGAGGAGGAGAUGCCAUCGCACCAGCGCAUAAUACUGGUAUUAUGCUGAGCUUUACAGUCCGAGGGAUACACUAUAAAGCAGUAUUUCCAUGGUUCCUACCAUAUAUACUACCUACAACACCCACGUACUAAAUAGAUCGCUGAUUUCCUAGAUUUCGGACUCUCAAAUGUACAGGUGGAGUUUUCUGGUCUGAUUCCAUUGUGGCUUAUUCCAGGUGUCAAUAAGAGCCAAAUAAGGCCCUGUUUCUUUGUGGUGGUAACAACAUUUUGAUGUGACUUUUUGGUGCUCUAGUUCCCUUGCUGAUCUACCUUAGUCCCUCUCUGCACUACAAAAGUAAUCAUGUUGAGCAGCAGCUGUGGUCAAACCAUGGUAGAAGACAGGUUUUUUCCCCCCACCUUGCUUGUGUGCUUCGAACUGGGUGAAAUUAUUUCAGCAAAUAGUUUAUUUGCUGAAAAAUGCAGCUUUAGUCUACUGAUCAGACCUGACUGGACCAGGACCCAAGCUGAGCACAGCUGACCCGAGAGUGUCAAGUCUUUUUCAGAAUGGAUCUCCUGAACCAGUCCCCAUCUGCAUCAUCGCCGCCACCACCUUGUCCUUAGGGCUCAGCCUGGUAGGAGUUGGCCACUCCCGACUCCUCCUCUCUGGUCACCUCCUGCCCGUGGUGAUGCCUGCAUGUCCUCCUGCCAGCUGCCCCCACCUUGCUGCGCUGAGUGUGCUGCGAAGUGGGAGGUAUUGCAACUUGUCAGCACGCCCAACCCAGAGGGUCAGGUUUUUUCAGAUCUGACCCUGACAGACCUACUCUUCUUCCUUAUGAGGAAGAAAGAGUUGAACGUGGGUCUCACACAUUGCAGGAGAUCGCCCUACCCAUUGGGCUAUGGGAUAUUCUGGUGUGGGGCUUUCUCCCUCUCCCCUGUGAAAGCUGUUCUACUGUAUGUAAAUAAUUAAAUAGUCAUUAGAGUUGGGACUUCAACUUGGGUCUCCCACAUGCUAGGUGAGUGCCCUAAUCACCAGGCUAUCAAGUCAUUUUCACUUUCUUCCUAGCCCAGUGACUCUUCAUUGUCAUUCAAAGUGGCAGUUCAUAGUCAUUCAUGGAGACAUUGAAAGUGAGAAUGACUCUCUAUAUCCUGAUGGGUAGGGCACUUUGCUGUAGUGCAGGGACAUCUAUUCAAAUCCCUUUUCCACAUCUGACAGAGGGGGAACUGAGCUCAGAUCUCCCACCACUGGCCUAAAGUUUAGAAGUGAGGUGGUCAUCCUCCCCCCAAUCUCCACCCUGCAUUUCAUGAUUUCUUCUUUGCUUUUGACAAAUGCCCCAAAUUGAAAAAGGUCAUGGUGGAAUGAAACCUUUUUCUUCAACUUGACUUUUCAACUUUUUGAGUCACCAAUUUUUUUUUUAAAAUACUUGUUUUCAGUUCAACCCAAAAUGAAUUUUUUUUAAUUGUCUCAGAAUGGCCAGUGAACCAAAAAAUCCAUUAUUCACCCAGUUGUAGUGUGCAUGUUAUAAUCAUACGAGAGAACCCGCUUCUGACACUGGUAGAUACCUAAAUAAAUAGUUUAUUCACCAUUUAUUCUCCUUUGUAUGGAUAGAAAGGACAGUGUUAAAACAGUUUGGCCAUAAUGGUAUGUAAACAAGGUUUAUUUUGUAUUGUAAAUGGGGACUAAGAACAAGAUGGAAAAUGCAGGAGUGGUUGCACUUAGGCUUUUUGGUUGCAGAAAUACAGUAACUUUUUUUUUAAUUUAGCAAUUAUUUUGUACUUUUUUUU